CAGAAAGUCCGGAUGGAACAUGCAGCAAGACCGGGGCGUUUUUUCGGUGUCUACUUGCUCUACUGCCAGAACCCUCGGCAUCGGGGCCGCGUUUACGUGGGAUUCACUGUCAAUCCUGCUCGUCGGGUCCGGCAACACAACGCGGGUCGCAAAAAAGGUGGCGCUUGGCGGACAAGCGGGCGAGGACCCUGGGACAUGGUGCUGAUCAUACACGGUUUCCCGUCUGCUGUGGCCGCCCUUCGGUUUGAAUGGGCCUGGCAGCAUCCUCAAGCUUCACGCCGACUGACUCACGUGGAGCCGCGCCUGCGCAGCGAGGCUGCCUUUGCUUUCCACUUGCGCGUGCUGGCACACAUGCUUCGAGUUCCUCCGUGGGUGCGCCUUCCUCUAACACUGCGCUGGCUGAGACCUGACUUCCGCCAUGAACUCAGUCCAGCGCCACCACCACACAUGCCCAUUGCCUUUGGACCGCCACCACCCCAGUCCUUAGUCCCCAAACGAUCCGCUGUAGGUGAGGCUGACUGCGAGCGACAGCUGGAUCUAGGUGCCAAGGCCAGAUGCACUCUGUGUGAGCGUAUGCUGCAGGAUGAAGAGGGCCCCUUGUGCUGCCCCCACCCUGGUUGUCCUCUAAGGGCCCAUAUCAUCUGCUUGGCAGAGGAGUUCCUGCAGGAAGAGCCUGGGCAGCUUCUGCCCCUAGAGGGCCAUUGUCCUAGCUGCAAGAAGUCAUUACUUUGGGGAAACCUGGUUGGGCAGUGCUUCGUGGACACCGAGGAGGAAGAGGAUUUAGAAUUAGAGGAGGAACACUGGACAGACUUGCUGGAGACUUGAUCCUUCGUGUCCCCACCUUUCACCUCUGCACCUUCUCUGCUUCUCUCUUGGGUAACUGGCGCCCUUUGCUUGAGCACAAUAAAAAGCUGAGUCGAAGGUG